AUGAACAGUUCGGAUGUUCAAAUGAUGUCUUCUCAAGAUGCGCCAGGCUCAGCCGGACUCGCCCCCGACAACAUCGCCUCUUCGUUACCUUCCAAGAAGAAGUCUAGGCGGGGCGCUGACCCUACCAACCAAAAGCGAAGAUGUGUGAGCACGGCCUGCAUCGCCUGUCGGAGGAGGAAGUCCAAGUGUGACGGCGCCCUUCCGAGCUGCGCGGCCUGUGCCAGUGUCUACGGUACCGAGUGCAUCUAUGACCCAAAUUCAGAUCACCGCCGCAAAGGCGUCUACCGGGAGAAGAACGAUAGCAUGAAAGCCCAGAACGCCACACUGCAGAUUCUAAUAGAGGCCAUUUUGAAUGCUUCCGAGGAAGAUGUGCUCGACAUUGUGAGGAGGAUUCGCACCUGUGACGACCUUGACGAAGUAGCCGAGUCCAUCCGCAGGGAUGAGAAGAACGCAACAGCAACCAACGACAACGAUGACAGCGAUGAACCCAUCCAAGCUGGUAGAGAUGACGCUACGAGCCAGGCCGUUGAGGGUGAGAGGGACUUGGCCCGUAAGAUGGGAGAGCUCCGAAUCGAAAAUGGUUCUGUUCGUUUUAUUGGCGGUACCUCGCACCUCAUAUAUCUCAGUGAACCGACAGAUGCCUCUGAAGAACCGGAGCUUGAAACCCGCCUGUCGACCUGCGAUGAGGAUCCAAUCACCACCUGGACAGAGGUGACCAAGAAUCCUCAACUAAUCAUCCAUCUCGUCAACAUGUAUUUCAACUGGCACUACCCUUACUUCACCACGCUGUCUAGAAGCUUGUUUUAUCGGGAUUUCAUCAAGGGAAAGCCGGCUGGCCAACCACGCUCCACUGUUUACUGUUCGUCGCUGCUGGUCAAUGCCAUGCUCGCGCUGGGCUGUCACUUCACAAGUGUCGACGGUGCCUUUGCGGUACCUGGGGACAGCAGGACCAAGGGUGAUCACUUCUUCGCCGAGGCCAAGAGACUAAUUGUUCAGAACGACGAGUACGAAAAGCCAAGGCUCACAACCGUGCAAGCUCUGGCGCUUAUGUCAGUGCGAGAAGCAGGCUGUGGACGGGAAGCGAAAGGCUGGGUGUACAGCGGCAUGAGCUUCAGAAUGGCUCAAGACAUUGGCCUGAAUCUAGACAUUGGAUCGCUGGACGAAAAGGAGGUGGAUGCCCGGAGAAUCACCUUUUGGGGUUGCUUUGUGUUUGACAAGUGCUGGUCAAACUAUCUCGGGCGGCUACCACAGCUUCCCAAAAACACCUAUAACGUUCCGAAGUAUGAUGUGUUUCCAGAUGAAGAUGCUGAGCCGUGGUCUCCUUAUACCGACGCAGGCUUCGACCAGUCUUGCAAGCAGCCAUCUCGGACACGGGCUAUAGGCUUACAGUUGUCGAAACUCUGCGAGAUCAGUAGUGAUCUUUUGCUAUUCUUCUACCACCCCAGUCAUAUUGGAAGAUCGAGCGGCAAGUCAGCUGAGCUCAAAAAGCUUAGCGAACUUCAUCGGCGUCUGGAAGACUGGAGAACGGAGCUACCAAAGGAAUUCGAACCCAAGGAUGGCCAGUUACCCAAUGUCAUUCUAAUGCACAUGUUUUAUCAUCUACAGUAUAUCCAUCUAUUCCGACCCUUUCUAAAGUACACAAAGGAAGCUUCGCCCCUGGAGAAGGUCCAGCCCCGAAGGAUAUGCACAACUAACGCCAAUAGCAUAUCCAAACUUAUGCGACUUUACAAAAAGCUAUAUAACCUCCGGCAAAUAUGUAACAUUGCCGUAUACAUGUUGCAUUCUGCCUGCACAAUACACAUGCUUAACUUGCCCGAGAAAACUGCCAGACGGGAUAUAACCCACGGCGUUAGACAGUUGGAGGAGAUGGCUGAAGACUGGCCUUGUGCGCGGAGAACAUUAGGUAUCAUCAGCGUUCUAGCUCGGAAGUGGAAUGUCGAACUACCCGAGGAGGCCGCCAUCGUCUUGAAAAGGACAGACGAAAAGUACGGAAUGUUUAGCACUUCCGAGGUCCCCUCACCCAACAGGACGGCCCCCUCUCUCGCUCCAUCCUCGCCUGCACCUCCUUACUCCCCAGAAGCGUCUCUGCUUUUUUCUACAACAGCCGCCGCAGGACUAGAACAACAGCCGUACAGUCCAAUGACACUAUAUAGCCACCCAACUCCUCCGCAUCUUGCUCCUGAGAGUAUAUCCGAUCCCGGAAUGUCGCCUAAUAUGGUCACCUUCUCCGACCUGCCUGGCCCGUCCGCUCCCAUCAUCCCUCAGCAACAGCAGAACAUGCAGGCUAUAUCUAGCUUAAGCCAAAACAAUAUGCUUCACCAACACCACCACCACCACCUACAAAACCAACAUCAACCUCAACCGCCAUAUCAUAAUCACAUGACCUACCAGCAGCAACAACAUAAUCUGCUCACCCACCCAGUGAGCGCCUCAUCCAUGUCCAUGAGCGACACUCUCGCCACCAUUACGGCAUGGGGUAUACCAACCUCUUCACCCGGCAACAACAAUAACAAUAACAUCGUAUCCCAACAUCCGCAUCAUCAAAAGCAACCACAACAGCAACAGCAACCACAGCGACAACGAUAUCCCACAGUUGGAUCAAUCGGCACAAACACCGUGAAGCCUCCAGCGACUGCCACGCAGACCUUUACUCCAGCCCAGUUACACGCGAAUAACUUGGCGACUGCAACGAGGUCGACAGCUUCCAACCACAACAGCAGCAAGAGCGUUGGCCGACACGUAAGUCCCAGCUCGAUCUACGCCAUUGAUGGACAGGAUUGGUACCUGAAGGAUGGCGUUACCUGGCAACAAGGCUUUCAGGGGUGGGAUCUGGAGGGCGGUGGAGCAGGAACAGCUACAAGUACUGGUGGUAUUGGGGAUGGGGGUAGACCUGCCGGUGGUGCUGGUGAUAGCAUGGCGAGGCUAGCUCCUCGAGGGAAUAUUACCGGCGGCGGCGGCGGCGGUAGUACAGGACAACAACGGCAACAGCAACAGCAGCAAGAGGCUAAUAUGUUCGCGUAUCAUCAUGGGGAAGAGAGAGGGGGGGAUGGUAUAGAAUCGACGGGCAUGGGGAUGACGACGGCAGGAGAUGGAGGAGGAGCGUUCGAUCCAAUAGGAGGAUCUGGGCUGUUGGAUGAUUUGGUAGGUCUGGAGGGUUUGGGCAGUUUGGACGGCUUGGGACAUCUCCCAGGUCUAGAUUGA